AACGAAGGAAAGUUGCUUGGAUGCGGAGCAGCAUCUUAAAGCACAAACUCGGCAUCUCAGUAUUCCUUUCCUUAGGCAAGAUUCUUCCCAGAUGACAGGAGGAGAUCCCUUCGAGCACUGAAUAGCGAAACCAAACCGCACAAAUUAGAAAUUAAUCGCCUGUGUCCUCGGACCUAUUUGCGAACAGGGUUUAAAAACGAUUUCUAGAUACUGUACACACAUCUUUCUUGCAAGGGUUUAAAAAUGAUGGCAUGCACAGAGAUAAUCACGAUGUGCCUCCAGUCUGCAAAGCAACAACACUUGUACUCCAAACACCAGCAGCAGCUACUGCAGAAGAAUCCCGUCCAAGGACUUUCUAUUUUCCAAGAUAUGUUUCGAAGGGCAGACAAGAAUGAUGAUGGGAAGCUGUCUUUUGAGGAGUUUAAGGCCUAUUUUGCCGACGGUAUUCUCAGUACCGAAGAGCUGCAGGAACUUUUCUACUCAAUAGACAGACACCACACCAACAACCUAGACACAGAGAAGCUGUGUGACUACUUCUCUCAGCACCUUGGGGAGUAUGUAAAUGUGCUUUCUGCCCUGGAGAAGCUGAAUAUUGCAAUUCUGAAGGCUAUGGACAAAACCAAAGAGGAGUACCAGAGCUCCUCUGAACUGGGGCAGUUUGUUACUCGGUUUCUGCUGCGUGAGAUGUCCAGCCAGCUGCAAUCCUUGCAAGUCUCACUAGAGUGUGCUAUAGAGGCAGUGGAGGAACAAAGCUGCCAAGGAAGGAAGAAUGUGAAAAAGCUGAAGGACUUUUCAGUCCAGAGGACAAGCAGGAGAUGUGGACGGCGGUCACUGAAGAACCUAUGCUUGUCUCCUACAGACCCUUACUCAGGCAUGCUCACCUCAGGAAUAAGUGUGGAGCCAGACAGCCACUGGACCUCACAGAUAAACAGGCUCCAACAGCUCAUCGACAAGUUGGAGUGUAAGAGUCCAAAGCUCGAGCCUGUCAAAGAAGAUACAUUUUCCAGCCCUUAUAAAUCUAGUAUCCUAUUAGUGCAGAGGCAGAUGUCAGUGAUGGAGAAGGACGUUGAAGAAUUCCGCCAGUCACUGACCCGGUACACCGAGGCCACAGCCAGCCAGAGUGCCAACCUGCACAUCUCAGUCCAGAAGCUACAGGAAAAGCCGUGUUUUGCAAUGUAUGAAUUCUGGGAAGACAGAAUUGCCUGGACCAGUUACUUACAGUCCAACGCGAGUAAGACAUUCCAGCGCUGUGUCAUUGACGUGCUUGAGAGUCCAGAAAUGGUCACCACGAUGCUGCUCCCAGCAUCCUGGUGGAUUAUGAAUAACAACUGACAGCAUCAGGAACCAUCACUACACCCACACAGAUCCGGGGAAGAAAAAAGAAAUUCAAGCCUGCAAUGCUUUCUUCAAGGCUAUUAAAAACAUCAUUUAAUAUAUGUGUGACAGCAUCCCAGACAACUUGAAAGUCAAAGCGAUGUGGUUUUAUUAUUAAUUUGAAAACAGCAAUGCUAAUAGUGUUCACACACAGGCAGGCAUACAUUUAAUUAGAUAUAUCUUAUGGUUGAGUUAUAAAAAUAUAUACUCUAAUUCUUUCUGGAAAAAAGGUGAUUUUAUAUGUGUUUCAGUGAGGUUUGGGGUUUUACAAAUUCAGUGAAUGAAAAUGGAGGAAGUCUCCAAUAGAAGGAAUUGUCUCCAAUAGAAGAACGGUCUUUAAUUGUCCACUUAAUGACAAAUAACUUAAUAAUAAUAGUAAUGUUCCAAAGCUUUUUAGAUGACAUGUAAGUGCUGCUGAAUAAAGUCUGUUAAAUGAUUAGUUUCAUUUAUUGUAUUUUAAGCGGACUUUUAGCUUCCGCGUUUGGAUUGAAUUGCAAGUCUAUACAAACACAGGAUCUGGGUUAUGCACUACCAUUGUUUAAAGAUGUUUUUAUUGACAGCUUUCAUAUUAAAGGGUUGGAGGAUAUUUCACCCAUGCAUAAAGUGAAUUAAUACAUUCAAAGUCUACUAAUGAUGCCAAGCUGACAAAUUGUUUUGUGUUACUAUAUGGUUUAGGUAGCUUAGAUUCAUAUUAAAUUUGUUUGAAAGAAUAAUGUUCAAAAGAUGGAAGAGAAUACUGCAUUCAUCCAAUGCAUCAUUUUGACAACAGGACAUAAUAGAUAUUCUGGGACACCUGUUGAAUCAUUUUAACAAUUUGUUUGCUUUCAAUGAGCUAAUCUUUCCAAAUCAUCCUUCAGCUAGGCUAUUGUGUCCCCAUUAUGCUGACAAUUGAAUGACGUCCUUUGCCUUGCAUUGGAAUUGUUCUGCAUUUUUUCUUGGAAUCUAUGGUAUCUGUGAAUUUCCUGUUGAGUUUUUUGCUAAAUAAUUUUUCAGCACAUAGUGAAUGCUUUGUAUAAGUUAUCUGAACUUUCAGAAUGUACUUUUAUUAAUUUGUCAGAAGUUAUUUUCAGUGUAGAAAAAAGAUGUACAGUUUCUAAUAUUGCAUCAUAAUGUCAACUAUGUUCAGAACAUUGUUAGCUAUACUGAAAUGCUGUAAUAGACAUACUGUACUGUAGUAAAAGCAUGUGAUCUCCAGAU